CAGUUGUAUUCAGAUCAAGGAAGUUCUUGAAAUGUAUGCUACUGCUUCAGGUCAGUUGAUUAAUUUUGGGAAGAGUAGUGUUUGUUUUAGUCGUAAUUUAUCACUAGAAGGGCAGUAGGAUUUAGCGGAGUUAUGGGGUGUUGAUUUGGUGCAGUACCAUGAAAAAUAUCUUGGGUUGCCUACUCUUGUGGGGCGCUCUAAGAAGGAUACUUUCUCAUAUUUGAAGGAUAGAUUGAGGAAGAGGCUAGCGGGGUGGAAAGGAAAAUUUUUAAGUGGUGCAGGAAAGGAGUUAUUGUUGAAAGUGGUGGCUCAAUCUCUUCCAAACUAUGCUAUGAAUUGCUUUUUAUUACCUCAAACUUUUUGUAAUGAGCUGCAGCAAAUGUGUGCAAAUUUUUGGUGGGGUGACUCAGCGAAUGGGAGAAAAAUUCAUUGGAGCUCUUGGAAUAAUAUGUGUGCCCCAAAGGACCGAGGAGGGUUGGGUUUUUGUAAUCUUUAUGCUUUUAAUCUAGCCAUGUUGGCCAAACAAGCUUGGAGAAUUAUAGAAAAUCCAAACUCACUUGUGGGAAGGCUCUACAAGGCACGGUAUUUUCAUUCCAAAACUUAUUGGGAGGCUUCUUUGGGGCUUGUUUGGCUCCUUCUUAUUCUUGGAGAAGCAUUUUAGCUGCAAGGCAAGUGGUUGAACUAGGCUCAAGAUGGCAAGUUGGAAAUGGUGCUAGAAUUGCUAUUUGGGAGGACAGGUGGCUAGGCCUCAUGGUUUUCGGCCCUUGCUACCACUUAGGAGCCCUACUACUUUGAGGUAUGUUCACCAGCUCAUUGAUGUGGCUAAUGGUUGUUGGAAUGUCCCUUUAUUGGAGAGUUUAUUCCCUAGUGAGGAUGUGGAGGUUAUUAGCUCAAUUCCUUUGAGUUCUAGAUGUCCUGAGGACAAACUGAUUUGGCAUUAUGAUAGUAAGGGAGUUUUUUUCAGUGCGUCGUGCUUAUGUUGUGGCUAGAGACAAUUUGAUCCUCCCAGUCAUGGCUACUUCUAGCUCCUCUCCUCAUCAGCUUAUUGAUACUUUUUGGAAGUGCAAGGUGCCGGGUAAAGUGAAACUUUGUUUAUGGAAAGCUUGUCAAGAUUUUCUCCCUACUAGAUCUAAUCUAGUUAAGAAGAAAAUGGAAGUGGAGCUUUUUUGCCCCUUAUGUGAAAACAAGGAAGAAACCCCUCUUCAUAUUUUUCGUUAUUGUCCUAUUGCAAAGCAGAUGACUCAUCACUUGUCUGGUAUGUUGGGUUUCUCUCCCUCACUUUCUCUUAAGGAAUGGUUGAAUUAUUGUAUGGAGAAAUUAUCUCAAUCAUCGUUUUGCCGUCUUUUGGUGAAACUGUGGUUUUUGUGUAAAGCAAGGAAUGAUAAAGUGUGGGAGAAUAGAAAUUGUGAGCCUCGAUCUCUCCUCCUUAGUGCUCAAGUUUGGCAUGCCAAUUAUCUUCACGCAAAUAUUCCACCCCCCAAGGUCCCACGCAAUCAGCAUGCCUGGACGAAGCCUCCUGUUGGUGGGUUUAGUGUUUGCAUGGAUGGAGCUUUUGAUGUGCACUCUCAUUCUGGUGGUGCCGAAAUUGUGUGGAGGCACUCGCUGGUCGAGUAGUUUGCAGGCUGGUUCUUGACCAGGGUUUGGGUCCAGUUCGUCUAGAGUCAGACUCCUUAUUGUUAGUACAAGCUAUGCAUUCUACCCAAGAUUCUUCUAUUUAGCUCCGGGUUGUUUAUGAGGAUGUUUUGGCUCUCUUUUCUCAGCUGCCUGGAAGUACUUUCUCACACUUGUAUCGAGAAGGGAAUACUGCUGCUCAUUCUCUUGCUCGUUGGACAUUAUGUAAUAGGCCAUGCAAUGUUGUCUUUACUUCUACACCUCCCUUUAUAGAGGAGAUUAUGUCUAGAGAAUGUACUUAAUCUCUUCACUUCAAUAAAAUUGUCGU